AUGGAGAGAGGAAGAGAAAGCGCUUGGCAGAGCAGCGUCCAGGCGAAUCGGGCGAGAGAAAAUGCGGAGAAUGAGCGAUUGAACCAGUGUGGGAGAGCGAGUGGGUGAGGGAGGUGGGGGGGUUUGGAAAGAGAGGAAGAGGAAGAAGAAGAAGAAGCAGAGGUGGAGGAGGUGGAGGAUAUAUUUAGAGCUGCUCCUAAUCAACUUCUCCGUCAGUUUGUGUCUGUGGGGGCGAAAGGGAGAGCGAGGGAGAGGGGGAGAGAGAGGGAGAGAGCCACGCAAGUUCAACACUAAAAAUCAAUAUGCAGCCCACUCGCUCACCGAGAGCAGCGGAGAGAGGAAGAGAGGAGGAGAAAGUGAAAGAGAGAACAGGAAGAGGACAGGAUGAGCCAGAGACAGAGGAGACGGUACCAAAGGGUUUCGUCAAUGCGGUUGAGAGCGUCAUGUAA